CAAUUCUCAACCAGUCUUGCAGCAAGAUGUCUAACAGAAGCCUGCUCAAAUACGUCCUGAUAUUGAGCUUCAUUCUUAGCAUUCUCAUUGACCAGGCAUCUGCAUUUGGACCACAGAAAUAUGACUGUUGUAUAAACUACACUCGGAAGCCUGUACCCAUCGGAUUUAUAAAAGGGUACAUGGAACAAAGCUCCCUUAAAGUCUGCAGAAUUGACGCAAUUGUAUUUGUUACUGUUCAGGACAAAAAGGUGUGCGCCAGCUCCAAAGAUGACUGGGUUAAAUCUGCUAUGAGACGUCUCAGCUAUAGACUGAAGCAGCUGUCUAAAAAGAGUCCUGACGGAAACACGAAGACAGCUAUUCCUGGCAAUUUGACAGCAAUCGUGAGACCAGCAGCUCCAUGAAGAGCAAAACAAACAUGUCUGGCUUUUACAGCCAUUUGGUGAUUACCAAACCUUUCACAAAAAUAGAUUAGAGCUUUUACAGUUUUUUUUUUUUUAAUGAUUUGUUUUAUUUACAAUCUGGGACUAUUCAGUUUGUUUAAAGUCACACAGCAAUACACUCUGGUACUUGUAAGUCUUGCAUCUCUGUAAGAAAAAGAGAUAACACACACAUAAAAGAAUAUUGCAAAGAUAAAGUAAGGAUAAACUUCAAAAUACAGUUACUUUGUGUACUAUAGGUGUCAUUUACUAAUAUAACAUGAGUUCAAUAUACUGGGUAAAUAAAUAAAUAUAUCUGUCUUGUUGAACCUGGAGUGAGAUUGUUAACCUACUCCACUGUCUCAGUACAACUUUAACUAGUAAAUCAGAAAUCAUCUCUUUAUAAGCUAUUAACACACAUUAAGCUUGAAUUUGUCAU